AUUUUCCUAUUAAAUUUACCGGUGCCAAUAUAAAAAUAUUAAGAAAAACGAACUGCAGUAUUAAUUCUGUUAAUAUUCUCGGGAGAUAUAAAAUUUAAUAAGUGGUUUAAUAAACGUAACUACUAACUACGUUACAUUAUUGCUUUGCGUAAAAAAAUUUGAUUCAACUCGCAAAUUUGAACUGCAUAGGCAUACCUAGGUAUUUAAACCUGAGAAUUUGAACAUUCUAAACGUGAUCGACGUCUGCUAUUUUAAACCAAUAUCCUCAUUCAAAGCUGUGAUGGAAGUACCGUUGGAAACGCAAGAACACCAUAUCCCAGAGAUUAAAUAUGAAUAUUUGGACCACACUGCCGAUGUUCAGUUACACGCAUGGGGAGAAACAUUGAAGGAAGCUUUCGAGCAAUGUGGGAUGGCCAUGUUCGGCUACAUGACGGAGCUUCCGACGGUGGACAUUCGCAAGUGUUACGAAAUCAAAACCGAACCUACGGACGAUUUGGAAAAUCUCCUGUUCCGAUUCCUGGACGAGUUGCUGUUUCUGUUUUCGGCAGAACCGUACCUGAUUUGUAAAAAGUUGGAAAUUACGAAGUUUGAUACGGAAAAUUUCUACAUCGAGUGCCGUUGCUACGGGGAAGAGUUCGAACUGGGCAAGCAUCCGCAGGGAACGGAAGUAAAGGCGAUCACCUACUCGGCCAUGCAGAUUCAUCAGAACAUUGAGCCGAACAGGAGUGAGGUUUUUGUUAUAAUAGAUAUUUGAAAAUACCUAUAUGUACAAGAUAAUAUACGUGCUGUUUGGU